CGCGAACAAUUUCCAGCUGUUCUGACGUACAAGUUGUCCUGCGACAGAGCGGUGAGUGGGCUGCUAAAGGAGCGCACCUUGGGCAACGGUGUGGCUCGCCUCCCUGGUGGAGCAGCACACCAGGAAGUGGAUGGCGCGGUCGAUGCAAUAUCUUUCCGUGCUCCGCAAAGCUGAGGGCACGGAAAGAUAUUGCAUCCGGAGCGGUACCGCAAAGGCCCCAAGGUCAUGUACGCUGACCGGGACUACUGUGUCACCGUGGGAACGUCAGCAGUGCACAAGAUGUACCACGAGUGGCACGAGCUGGUGGUCAGGCUUGACGUGUGGCACCUCAUGCGACGCUUCGCGAGGGGUGUCACCACAGACAGCCACCAGCUCAAUGGCCUCUUCAUGGCGAGGAUUUCCUUCGCCAUUUUCGAGUGGGACGACGAGGACGUCGCCCACCUGAGAGAGGCCAAGCAGUCUGUGGAGGGAAAGGACGCCCACAUCAAACUGUCAGCCAAGGAGCUCGCUCGCCAUUGUCGCCGCCAUGCGGGACACCUUCUGGAAGCUGACGGACACCACGGGCGUCCCAUUGAUCGACUGCUCCACUGCAUGGAGGAGAUCUGGAGCAUACAGCGCCGCUACCUCGACUGCAUCCACGACCCAGAGGGGGUGGAGCUGUACACCCAGACGGGAGAGGUCACCAAGGGUGGUGUGAUGCUUCCCGUCUUCAGGUGUGCUCGAGGCUCCACUUCCCUGGAGUCUUUCCACCUGCACAAGUGCCGCUUCAUACCAGGUGCAUCUGUGAGUGAUGUCCACUUCCAGGUGUACCUGCUGGAGGGCCUGGUGUGGUGGAACGAGGACCGUGGCAGAGCGGCAGUCGAGGGAGGACUACGAGCAGUGCUGCGUUGCUACAGUGCCCAACUGCAGCACCGCUUCAACCAACACCCUACAAUUAAGUGGUGGCACAACCAGAGGAGCAAGGCGAUGAUAAGGGACACCAUCGCCAUCGCAGUCUGCCGCGCACACAGCCACGAGGGCAAGACGCUCGCCGGGGUCCGCAUCAACCGCUGGGGUACCGUCAUGAGGGACUACAAACAGAUCCAGGACAACGUGAAAAUGUCAGGUGAUCAGGUGGUGCCCUCUGGCUCCCAGUCUAUGGAAGAGCUGGGCAACACGGUGGUGGGGUUUGGUGCAUAUUCACACCACACCUUUAGGUCCCUGUACAAUGUGCAGGACGAAGAGAGUCGAAUCUAUCUGGAUUGGGUACGACAGCUGACGGUGGUAGCUGAGUCCAGGAUAGGCCGUCUGAGGAGCUAG